AUGGCGAAUCAUCUCUACGGCUAUUCCACCGGCGGUUACGGUAGCGGCGGCGGUACCACCAGCCUUUACACCCCUCGAUCCGGCGCGGACUCGUACCUCUCCAGCGACACUUCGUUGCUCGGAACUUCCGCUAGGUACUUAAGCGGAGACUCUCUCUCCUCCUCAUCCACUCUGUCCUCUUCAUUGCUCUACAACACCGACAGCAACUCGGCUAGGAUCUCCGGCUUAUCCAUCACCACUCCCACGCAAUCGUAUGGCCCCCCUGGUGUCGAUGCGGGGUCUGCAGCCGCUGACUCGCUUUACGCCGGCCUGAAGCGCACUUCAGUUGAGUCACUCUAUCAUCAGACUCUUUUGGGUGCCCAUAACAAGAUUGGGCAAACUGAAGCUUGGUAUUCAGCGAACUCUCUAUCCAAGCGCCCUAGAUUUGAGAGUAUGAGCCAUUUGCCUGUUUAUCCUCAGAGGCCUGGAGAGAAGGAUUGUGCCUAUUAUAUGCAAACAAGAACCUGUAAGUUUGGGGACACCUGCAUGUUUGACCAUCCUAUUUGGGUUCCAGAAGGGGGAAUCCCUGAUUGGAAAGAGGUCCUUCCUGUGCCGAGUGAAGAUCUUCCUGAGAGACCAGGGCAGCCCGAUUGCCCUUUCUUCCUCAAGACCCAAAGAUGCAAGUUUGGUAUUAAGUGCAAAUUCAAUCACCCUAAAGACAGAAUUGCACCUCCAGGUGCAAUGGAGGAGGGCGAUGUGUCUGUCCUACCUGAGAGGCCAUCAGAGCCUCCAUGUACUUUCUAUAUGAAGACUGGAAAAUGUAAAUAUGGCUCGACCUGCAAAUUUCACCAUCCCAAAGGUGUGCAUAUAUCAUCUGGAGAAGGAAAUGAAGUUCAGAACAAAACUUUUGGAGAUGUGAAGACAUUGCAGCAGACUUUUGCCCCUGCUUUGCUUCAUAAUACUAAAGGCCUUCCCAUCAGACCAGGUGAAGAAGAUUGCCCAUUCUAUCUGAAAACUGGCAGUUGUAAAUAUGGGUCCACUUGCCGCUACAACCAUCCAGACAGAUAUCCUAUUGCUCCUUCUCUGCUGACAUCUCCGGCUACACAUUACAACUUUAGUUUGGUUGCUCCGGCUGCAUCUCUCCUGCCAACCGUUGAUUCAGGAUUGACUCAGACAGCGCUUGGACUCGGACUCACUCCAACUAUUUAUCCUCAACGACCUGGGCAGAUCGAGUGUGAUGUAUGUUUUGCUCAUAUUCUUUUCAUGUUAUGCAUGUUCAAAAUUUUGUGGGAUUCUGGCGCUAUACACUGCCCUUAUUACAUGAAGACUGGGACGUGCAAAUUCGGAGCCACAUGCAAGUUUGACCACCCACCCCCAGGUGAGGUGUUGACUGGUGCCACAUCUCAGGGGGCAGCAUCAUCUGCUAUGGAUGAUGGGAAAGAGGAUGGAUCUGGUUAA